UAAACUGUGGCUUGUUCCAUUGUAAAGCAGGGCCCCACCCUAAUGUGUCUAUUUGACUCUAAAAAAAAGAGCACACACUCCUCCUUCCUUGAUCUACAUCUCUCUCGCAUUAUUCCUCUCAUUUAUGCUUUAGCCUCUAACCUCACAUCAGUGUGGACAUUAGUAUUCCAGGAAUAAUGUUGGUCCGUCACAGUGUUCUCAUUGUUGUGUUCUUUGGAAUGGUAUUGAGUGGGCUCAUUUACCUGAACAAUCUCCAGUGCAGCUGCAAUCAUCAGAAAACAGAACAAAGCUCGAACUGCAAUCAGCAGAUAACAGAACAAGACACCAUCAAGCAAAAAUGGAAGCCGACGAUCUCUGGAUUACGUUCAACGCCAGGAUUGGUGUACAACCAGCCAAAUGUGUUGGUAGGUCGGACAGAUGUUUCUUCUGUGUCACCAUGGGCAGCUCCAAUCAUUUGGGAGGGAACCUUUGACCCCACGCUGAUCGACUCUAUCUACAAACAACACAAUCUCACCAUAGCAACCACUGUCUUUGCUUUGGGAAAAUACACACGUUUUGUCAAAGAUUUUCUGGAGUCAGCAGAGGAACAUUAUUUCGUUGGAUUUCGAGUGCAUUUCUACUUGUUUACAGACCAACCAGAAUCAGUUCCUGAAGUGAAGAUGGGUGAAAACCGUACUUUGAAGAUUCAAAAGGUUCCGACUUUGAACCGAUGGCAGGACAUCAGUAUGAGCAGGAUGGAGAAACUGGAAAAACUAAUAGAGGAGGAAAUAGCCAAUGAGGCUGACUACAUUUUCUGCCUUGACAUAGAUGCAAAGUUCUACGGCCGGUGGGGUGCAGAGACUUUGGGUCGUCUUGUAGGUGUGGUACAUCCUUGGCUUUAUAAUGUUCCAAGGAAUCAGUUCACAUAUGAGCGUAGACCAGAGUCUAAAGCAUUUAUUGCAGCUGACGAAGGUGAUUAUUAUUAUGCCGGUGCUGCGUUUGGUGGCACAUUGGAGGAAGUACAUCAUCUCACCAAAACCUGCAGGGAGCAGCUGAGCAUCGAUGCUGCAAACUCUAUUGAGGCUGUAUGGCAAGAGGAGUCUCACUUGAACAAGUAUUUCCUUUUGAACAAACCCAGUAAACUGCUGUCUCCUGAAUAUAUGUGGAGGGACAUCAAUGUAAAAAUAGACCCCAUAAAAAUAGUUCGCUUCACUAAUGUACCUAAAGACUAUGCUGAAGUUCGUCCAAACAAAUAGCAACUGUUGCCAGGCACACAUAGUGUGGUCUCAUAGACCUCGCAUAAGACAUUGUGAAUCUGUUGAUAGGUAAUACUGUCAACAGAGAAGACUGGAAAUUGGGAAGACGGCAUCUGCCACCAAGAAAUGGAAAUCACAGACAUGCACAAAUGUUAAUGAGCACGAUGUGGACAAUCUGCCAAAAUCUUUUCAAGACUCACAAUAUCUCAUACAUAUACACAGCAUGACACAAAUAAGCUCUUUUCCGGACACUACUAUUUUACUUUUCUAAAAUGGGUUAUGCUCUCAGGUUCUACAGCGAUAAAGAUAUAAAGACAGGCUCACCCUCAAUUAUUUUUAAUCACUUAAUAGAAAAACAACUUAGGACUCGAUAGUCUAUGCUCUUCCUUAUAAAACGGCGAUAUCUUAUGCAACUUAUCCAUAUGUAGUUAUUAAAUGUUUUGCAAUACUGUUCAAUCUAUCAGAUCACAAUUUGGCACAGACAAUACUUUAUUUUAACCCUUUUUUGAAGGGAGGACUUUUAGGGAAGUCUGAAACGUUAUUGUAUUUGUAAACUUUAAAUUAUAUUUUCUGGUUAUUACUGCAAAAAAAUAGCCUAUACCUUUUUCUGUAUAUUUGGUUGUACACUAAAACAAUGUGUAACACAGUUCGACACCUUAAAAAAAGCAUAUGAAUGUCUUAGGAAAAGAAUCUUUAAAAAUAUGUUAGAUAUUUAUAUUAUUUAAGUAUUGAAGGAUCCUUAGAUGCUCAUGUGCAAAUUGUGUGUAUUGUGUUUUUAUUUUCAUGUUUCUUAAUUCAUUUAUUCACAAUAAUUUUAUUAUCAUUAGGCAUUCAUAUGCUUGUUUUUGUUACAUUUAUUAAAUGUAUUUAUCAUUUGACUAUUUUUGUUUAUUCUUUCAUUAUGUUUCUAUGACAUAUUUUAUAUUUCUCAUUACUUUUCCCUAGCUUAUGCUUAUUCAUUGUUAUUCAGUCUCGUGCUUGUGGGGUUUAAUGAACUGUUUUGUUUGCGUGAAUAGAUAAUAGGGAAUUUUUAUGGAAACCCAAGGUUUAUGGGAUGUUGCUGUGAAGCAGUUUUAAUAGAAGAGUACUUGCUGAAUUUGUGCUCAUCAGAUGAAGUUUGAACAUUAGGACAUACUAAACUUAGAUUGUUCAAUAAACAGUCUUUACCGUUA